UCUCGGCCUUAUGGCUAAGAUCAAAGUGUAGUAUCUGUUCUUAUCAGCUUAACAUCUGAUAGUUCCUCCAUUGGAGGACAACAAAUGUUAAACUGAUUUUUGGAAUCAGACGGAGUGCUAGGAGCUUGCUCCACCUCUGUCGCGGGUUGGCCCGGUAUUGCAGUACCGCCGGGAUUUCGGCCCAACUGAAUAAUAAAUAUAAAAAAAACUAACAUAUGUACAUAUUUGGUAGAAUAUCUACCAACUUAAUAAAGAAGUUUUAGUUAGAAGAGCUAUAAAACAAGUAAUGUAGGGUAUAUUAUUCGUAUAUUUAUUAUUAGCGUGCAUGGAGUUAUAACUUAGCACUAGUUUGUUUAUGCUUUUUAAAUCAGUAGCAUUUUAACACUUGUUAGUGCAAACACAUCAUUCCUCAUCAAAAUUAUGUCGUUCAAUUAAAGCCUAAAAUUCAACUCAGAACCGACCAUGUCUGCCGCCGGCUCCUCCUCCCAAUCCAAGCAGUCCCAGGCUCAACCCCUGUCCACCAAUGGGUUAAGCCGCAAUAGAAAACGCCAGGAGCGGCGGAAGCAGCGCCUGCAGGAAAUGCAAGGACUGCUGUACUCCAAGCACUUCUCCAACUGCCGGCUGCCUGUCUCAUCUUCCGAACAGCAGCUACUCCGGCUAAAGCGCUUCGAAUCGCUGACCGAUCCGCCGUCCAGAAGCAGACGAAGUCCGCUCUCCAUGAGCCCGUCUAGCGAUUCGCCGUGGGCUCGACUGCGCAUGGUGCCCUGUCCCUGCCAAGGAUGCCGCUGCUCGUUGGAGCCCAGCGCUCUGUUGGGCCACUAUUUGAGUGACCAUCUGCCGGGCAUGGGAGUCCCCUUCACCGAGCUGGAGGCGGGCAGGGUGACAUCCCUCACCUGCCAUUUCAGCAGCCUGGAGAAGGAUGUCAACACGCUGCUGGGCGUCUAUGGCUAUCGGCGCACAGGCCUGAAUCCGCUGAAGUGCCACAGGAACAUCCAUCUGCCGGCGGAAUACCGCCAGUUCUCGCAGCACAGCCCCCUCAUGAUCUUCGCCUGCCGCACCGAGCAUUCACUGCUGUGGAAAAGGAGUCGAGUCAAUCAGGAGGUGCUGGCCAUCUGGGUGGCCACUCCCCUGCAGGGUGUGGUCAUCACACUCCGCCUGCUGGUCCAACCGGCCAGAUCCACACGCUACUACUCCAAGCAGAUCAAGGCGCGUCCUAUACUUCCCUGGUCAGCGAAUCAGCCCUGCAGCGAGUUCAUCAAAACGGACAGCAAUGCAGUGCUGAUCAGCCUCGAAGAUCUCUGGCAGCUAAGGGAUCUGGAUGUGUGGCAACAGUUGCUAACCGUGGAACUCAAGGUGAUCGGCGAGGCAAGGAUUUAGUAAGGCAAUAAAUUUAGCAACAACUUUGGA